GAUUGUAAAGAAAAAGGCAGUCAUCGACGCGACGCCACACUGCGCACGCACAGUCGUUUCUUUUAAUAAGAUGACCAGUAUUUAAUUAUCAUGGGUCGUCAUAUUGUGUUAAUUUCACUCUUAAUUGUUUUUAUAAUUAAUUAUUGUGUGUGUGAACUUUCUGUUGAGAAAAAGCAAAAGAUAUAUAAUGGUUUCGUCAGUUACUUGAAGAAUUUACCUGAUCAGCCCUACUAUCUUCAUAAUGGGAUUUUGAAAAAUAUUGUAGAAACAAGUGAAAAUGGCUACAGCAUUGAAGUUGACUUUAGGGGUGAAGAUACGGAUGCUCAAGACUUGAAGUUCGUAAAAUGUUAUGGCACUGUGUAUGACAAGCAAGAGAGUGGUGUAGAAGUAGCCAAUGGCUACCAAUGCCAUGUCGAAUCUGACACAAGUACCCCUGCUGAUAGCAUUGAAGAAGUGGUCACAGAGUGGUUGACCACUGAGCCACCUGAAUUACACCAGCCUAUCAAACUGGACAAUGAAGUCCAGACAGAACCUGUUACUUCUGGAGAACAGUUCAUAGCGGUGCCGCGUGAUGGUCAACCUUGUAUCGGAUGCGCAUCUCAAGUCAAUCCUGAGGCUGCUGGCGUGACUGACUUGGCUCUCCUUGGGAUAAGACAGUUAGAUCAGCUUGAACCUAGCGUAAUUCAUAGUCUCAACAAAGUCAUAAUGGUAGAGAGACAAGUUCAGGUGGUGAACGGAGUUCGAUAUAUUCUUACUAUAUUAAUCGAUUACAAUAGUUGUUCACAAAACGUGGCAGAAGAAUGUGUUGUAACUAAGACUUGUAAAGUAUCUGUGCUCGAUAAACCAUGGGCCAAGCUCCCUGAUGGGUCGAGAUAUAGAGUGGUGGUUGCUAAUAACUGCACUGCAGAUUGGAUUUUUGAGGAAAUUGGUGAAACACGGGAUAGUGAGCGAGAUAAACCUCAAAAUCCUCAGCUGCCCACUCCUCAUUAUGGUGAAGUCCCAAAUAUAGGUACAUUUGAAGAUAUUAUACACUCUGUUCGCAAUCCAGAUGUCCAAUCGCAACCAGAAAUUGAAAAAUCUCUAACAGAUGAGGAAAUUAGGAAUAUACAGCAACAAAUAAUACCAAACAGUCAAUUUUCACAACAAUCUCUAGAAAAACAACAAUUAGAGACAAAUAAUGUUCAUGGUAACGACUUACGUGCUCAUCAAGUCGUUAACACAGAAUCUCAGUCUUCUUUUGUGCAUUCGAAUCCUACAAAUAAUCUAGGAAAGAUAUCCCAUGGCCGUAAUGGUAUCUCUGACGAAAAAAAGAAAGUCAUUGACGAUUUAUUAAAUUUUUUCGAUUAUGCUGGUUUUAAACAAAAAAAUGAUGGUGAUAAAGAAGCCUCAAGAAUGAAAAGGAGUUUCGAAAAAGAAUUACAUACGUUUGAUCUUGCAGAAAAUUUUAACAAAAUGAGAAAGAAUAUUGACAGCGCUAAACAUAUAUACGCACUAGCUCAAUCGAUGGUCGAUUAUUUAAAUGAAAUGGAUAUGUCAAUUAAAAAUAGACUUCUAAGUUCUGUUAUAUCAGCUGAGGAAGAGUCGGAAAAUAAUCAUCGCUACUUUUAUGUACAAGCACGAAUAAUAAUUCCGUGUGAUAAAGUUGAGUGUAAUAAUAAAGAUGAACAGAUAAAAAUUUGUAAUGGUGUUAUUGAUGGUACAAACGAAAGAAGUCCACAGGUUAUGAAUACUUUUUGUCAUAAUGAAAAAGGCAAGAAAAACAAUAUUGGUAAAAACAACAUUGUGCCACCUGGCGAUCCCAUUUUAUCCAAGCUAGCUUAUACUGCAUUGAAAACUAUAGAACUUGAAUCACAAGAAGACAAUGCAUUAUACAUAAUUAAAAUACAUAAUGCUAAUACUCAAAAACUUUCAGGUACUUUAACCAAAAUCGCAAUUCUUUUAGGUCACACGAAUUGUAGCAAAUCUGUAGGCCUUUAUAAAAGAAAAAACUGUACUAAAGUCGAAAAAAUGGGAACUAAACUGUGUGAUGUUGAAAUCCUGGAAAAAGGCAAAGAAAAGAAAAUUUCCUAUAUUUGUACAGACCGACCCGUGGGUGAAAGUUUUGUCAACAAGAAAUUAAAAUAUGGCAUUGAUGACCCAGAUGUUGAUGAAAUACUUGAAGAGGCAUUACAAUAUUUAGAAAUACAGUCAAAUAAGAACAAUAAACAGAGAGUUGUUGAUGUAAAAUCAGUUUCAACUAGGCUUGUGGGUGGACUUUUGACAAAUAUAGAGUUCUUAGUUGGUUAUACCAAAUGUACUAACAAUAAUGACAUUGGUCGUGAUUAUUGUGAAUUUCUCAAAAAUGAAACAUUCCGAAAUUGUGAAGCUCAGAUAUGGCAAAGGCCUUGGUUGGAAGACGAACGACAAAUGAAAGUUUUAUGUGAAGAUGACAUUUCAAAUCCCGUAACUGAAAAUGGAAAUGAUUUUAGAAUCAGAAAAAGAAGGCAAGUAGCCUCACAACCUUUAUUUGGUGGACUAACUAAACAAGAUAAGAAUGACCCGCGUUACAAAGCCAUGGCGGAAGAAAGUUUACAAAAGUAUUUACAGACAUCUGGCGCCACGGGACCUCACAGAGUAGUUACAAUUGACAAUGUAAAAUCACAGGUUGUGGCCGGAUCAUUAACUACGAUUGACUUUACCGUUUUGGCAAAUAACGCUGAUGUCAUCAAAUGUCAUUCGAAGAUUUGGGAACAGCCUUGGAUCAAUAAAAAGGAGAUAGACGUGACAUGUGCUUUAGCAAACGAGCAAAACAGAGAGAAGAGACAAGUUCCCGGAGGAGAAAAGCAACAAGACAAGAAUGACCCGCGUUACAAAGCCAUGGCGGAAGAAAGUUUACAAAAGUAUUUACAGACAUCUGGCGCCACGGGGCCUCACAGAGUAGUUACAAUUGACAAUGUAAAAUCACAGGUUGUAGCCGGAUCAUUAACUACUAUUGACUUUACCGUUUUGGCAAAUAACGCUGAUGUCAUCAAAUGCCAUUCGAAGAUUUGGGAACAGCCUUGGAUCAAUAAAAAGGAGAUAGACGUGACAUGUGCUUUAGCAAACGAGCAAAACAGAGGGAAGAGACAGGUUCCCGGAGGAGAAAAGCAACAAGACAAGAAUGACCCGCGUUACAAAGCCAUGGCGGAAGAAAGUUUACAAAAGUAUUUACAGACAUCUGGCGCCACGGGGCCUCACAGAGUAGUUACAAUUGACAAUGUAAAAUCACAGGUUGUGGCCGGAUCAUUAACUACGAUUGACUUUACCGUUUUGGCAAAUAACGCUGAUGUCAUCAAAUGUCAUUCGAAGAUUUGGGAACAGCCUUGGAUCAAUAAAAAGGAGAUAGACGUGACAUGUGCUUUAGCAAACGAGCAAAACAGAGAGAAGAGACAAGUUCCCGGAGGAGAAAAGCAACAAGACAAGAAUGACCCGCGUUACAAAGCCAUGGCGGAAGAAAGUUUACAAAAGUAUUUACAGACAUCUGGCGCCACGGGGCCUCACAGAGUAGUUACAAUUGACAAUGUAAAAUCACAGGUUGUGGCCGGAUCAUUAACUACGAUUGACUUUACCGUUUUGGCAAAUAACGCUGAUGUCAUCAAAUGUCAUUCGAAGAUUUGGGAACAGCCUUGGAUCAAUAAAAAGGAGAUAGACGUGACAUGUGCUUUAGCAAACGAGCAAAACAGAGAGAAGAGACAGGUUCCCGGAGGAGAAAAGCAACAAGACAAGAAUGACCCGCGUUACAAAGCCAUGGCGGAAGAAAGUUUACAAAAGUAUUUACAGACAUCUGGCGCCACGGGGCCUCACAGAGUAGUUACAAUUGACAAUGUAAAAUCACAGGUAGUGGCCGGAUCAUUAACUACUAUUGACUUUACCGUUUUGGCAAAUAACGCUGAUGUCAUCAAAUGUCAUUCGAAGAUUUGGGAACAGCCUUGGAUCAAUAAAAAGGAGAUAGACGUGACAUGUGCUUUAGCAAACGAGCAAAACAGAGAGAAGAGACAGGUUCCCGGAGGAGAAAAGCAACAAGACAAGAAUGACCCGCGUUACAAAGCCAUGGCGGAAGAAAGUUUACAAAAGUAUUUACAGACAUCUGGCGCCACGGGGCCUCACAGAGUAGUUACAAUUGACAAUGUAAAAUCACAGGUUGUGGCCGGAUCAUUAACUACUAUUGACUUUACCGUUUUGGCAAAUAACGCUGAUGUCAUCAAAUGUCAUUCGAAGAUUUGGGAACAGCCUUGGAUCAAUAAAAAGGAGAUAGACGUGACAUGUGCUUUAGCAAACGAGCAAAACAGAGAGAAGAGACAGGUUCCCGGAGGAGAAAAGCAACAAGACAAGAAUGACCCGCGUUACAAAGCCAUGGCGGAAGAAAGUUUACAAAAGUAUUUACAGACAUCUGGCGCCACGGGGCCUCACAGAGUAGUUACAAUUGACAAUGUAAAAUCACAGGUUGUGGCCGGAUCAUUAACUACUAUUGACUUUACCGUUUUGGCAAAUAACGCUGAUGUCAUCAAAUGUCAUUCGAAGAUUUGGGAACAGCCUUGGAUCAAUAAAAAGGAGAUAGACGUGACAUGUGCUUUAGCAAACGAGCAAAACAGAGGGAAGAGACAGUUUCCCGGAGGAGAAAAGCAACAAGACAAGAAUGACCCGCGUUACAAAGCCAUGGCGGAAGAAAGUUUACAAAAGUAUUUACAGACAUCUGGCGCCACGGGACCUCACAGAGUAGUUACAAUUGACAAUGUAAAAUCACAGGUUGUGGCCGGAUCAUUAACUACGAUUGACUUUACCGUUUUGGCAAAUAACGCUGAUGUCAUCAAAUGUCAUUCGAAGAUUUGGGUACAGCCUUGGAUCAAUAAAAAGCAGAUAGACGUGACAUGUGCUUUAGCAAACGAGCAAAACAGAGGGAAGAGACAGGUUCCCGGAGGAGAAAAGCAACAAGACAAGAAUGACCCGCGUUACAAAGCCAUGGCGGAAGAAUGUUUACAAAAGUAUUUACAGACAUCUGGCGCCACGGGACCUCACAGAAUAGUUACAAUUGACAAUGUAAAAUCACAGGUUGUGGUCGGAUCAUUAACUACGAUUGACUUUACCGUUUUGGCAAAUAACGCUGAUGUCAUCAAAUGUCAUUCGAAGAUUUGGGAACAGCCUUGGAUCAAUAAAAAGGAGAUAGACGUGACAUGUGCAAACGAGCAAAAUAGAGUAAAAAGACAACUUCACGAAGAAAUAAGUGGUGGGUUUUUUCUGCAAGAUCCGCAGAGUCCUGAGUAUACAAAAUUAGCUGAGAAAAGUCUGCUUAUAUUUUUAAACACCUCGAAUGUGAUGCAACAUUACAAAGUUACGAAAGUAACUAAAGUCCAGACUCAAGUAGUGUCUGGCUUUAUUACAAAACUCGUCUUUCUUGUAUCACCUACUAAUUGCCAAAUAACUGAAGAUGGCAAAAUGUCCGCCUCUUCUUGUGACAUACAAGAUAGUACAGUUGUAAAAAAAUGCAAUUCUAAAGUUUGGGAUAAACCUUGGAGAUCUUCCACAGUUUAUUCGGUAAAAUGUUUUCUGAAUGAAGACCGACAGAGAAGAGAAAUUUUAAGAAAAAGAUUUAAAACGUCGAAUUAUAAAAUGUCUUCUGCGCACAGUAAAGUUGGUUCAACAGUGGAACAGGAUCCAAGUAAAAAUGAAUAUAAAAUAUUGGCUGAUGAAAGUCUACGAAAAUACCAGCUUUUACAAAAAAGUAACAUACGCCAAAAAAUCUUACAAGUUAAAAGAGUUGAAACACAAGUUGUCUCAGGCACGAUUUAUAAAAUAGAGUACACUGCAGUUCCUACAACCUGUUCUGCAAAUGUUAUUGACACAUCUUCUUGUGACCGAACUGAUGAUAAAGUGAUAUUAUAUUGUCACACUGAAAUAUGGGACCGACCUUGGCUAAAACGAAAAAAUAUUGAUGUUUCCUGCAUAGCUAACAAACUUGAUGAGGAUGAAAAGGAUGCAAUUAUAUCCAAACGUAGUGUUUUAGGUGGACCAACAAGCAAAGAUGUAGAUAAUGAGCUUUAUAAAAAAAUGGCCAAAACAGCUCUUGAAAAAUAUCAAAAAUUGACAAAAACGGAGUAUCUUCAUAAAGUAUUGACAAUUACUCACGUUUCUGAAAAGGUUAUACAAGGAUUUCUCACAACCAUAAAGUUUACUAUAUCUCCAACAACGUGCUUAUUGAAAUCUGCAACAGAUGAAGAAGAAGAUUGUCCGUUUCAACAACCAAUUGCAAAAUUAAUGUGUGUUGCAGAAAUACGAGAGCGACCAGUAUUGGACUUAACUGAUGAAGAUAUCACUGUAACCUGCCACCGAAAAAAGCAUAAAAAUAUUAAACAGAUAAGUAAACGAAUCUCAAAAUAUGACAGGAAUCAUGAUACCAGAGAAAAAAGACAAACUCGAACGGAUGAAAAUGAAAUUGGCGAUGAUGCCAAAUAUGUGUAUGCUCACCACGCUAUAAAGAAUAUUAACCAACGCUCGGAUACAGAUAAUUUACAGAAACUUAUAACAAUUUAUGAUGUUGUAACCACUUACCAAAUGGAAACCCCAAUGGUGAGCAUGUAUAUCGAAACUGCAUACACAUACUGCUUAAAGCAAAAUAAAGAUAUAGAUCUGAAUAGUUGCGAUGAAUUAGAUGGGAUGAACCAUAGAAUAUGUUUUGUAAGAGUAUUCCCUUCUGCCGACGAUGAUUUGGUCGUUCUUAAAGUUGUUACAGUUUGCGACGAUGAGCCGAAUUUUGUAUCGGUGACACAUCUAUCAGUACCCGAUUUAUUAACUAUUUCACUGGUCGCGCUUGAAAAUUCACCAGAUAUAGGGUAUAAAUUAGUGCAUCGAGGUGAGCCUUAUGUGGUUCCCAGUUUACAUUCUCAUAUACCCGUGAAACUUAGCUUUAUUGUAGCAUCUACAAAUUGCUCGAAGUAUGUCAAAGUCGCUACUGAUGUCAAUGUUCGAUGUUUCGUUGAUACUACGAUACCAGAUAAAGAAUGUCAUGCUAAUAUAUGGAUGAUGCCAGUCACUAAAAAAAUUUUACACAUCAGUGCUAACUGCUCGAGACCACACCUGACCCGUACAAAGAGAACACUUACAUCAGAAAAUACGACUGCUAACAUACAAGAUAUGGUGGACCAGUCACUAGAAAAGUUAGAAAUGUCAUCUCUUCAUAGAUAUAAGCAGAGAGUUAUAAAAAUCAAUAGCUAUUCUACAAAACUUACGUCAGGUCGAGUGACUACCAUUGACUUUGACGUUGGUUACACAAAUUGUCUCAAAUAUGAAUGGGUCGAUGAUGCAUCGACAUGCCAAUUUAUAGAGCAUUUGCCGAGGAGACAUUGUGUAUCAGAAGUUUGGGAGAGGCUUUGGCUGAAAAAUGGUAGAAAAAUAGAAGUGACUUGCCAAGAUGACGAGACACCGUUAGAAGCACAUGUAGAGUUCGAAAGCGCCGAUAUUGCCACGCGGCUAGCGCAGCAAGCCUUGAAGCACAUUGAGGCUAAGUAUCCACAUCCGAAAAAACAGCAACUCGUUCGGAUAUUUUCACUGGAGAAGCAAGUAGUGGCGGGAAUACAUUAUAGGAUGAAGAUCGAGGUUGGUUUGACCGAUUGCUUAGCAUUAAGUGUCCAGGAUAAUUGUCAUUUGAUAAAUGAUGGAACACCGAAUCGAUUCUGUCGUGUCAAUGUUUGGCUUCGACCCUGGACAGAUCAUCCCCCGAAUUUCCGCGUGACAUGUGAUUAUCAAGCAGGCGCAAUGACGGAUAUGUACCACCAUGUUCAGGCGGAACAAUUAUUUUUUAAUUUCAUUACCACAUAUAAACCUGAGUAUAUAAACGAUCAUGUAGAAAUGACGAAGAGGUUCGAAAUAUUUAAAGAAAACGUUAAAAAAAUUCAUGAACUAAAUACCCACGAAAGAGGUACAGGUGUUUACGCAGUUACUAGGUUUACUGAUUUGACAUAUGAAGAAUUUAAAUCUAAGUAUUUAGGAUUAAAUCCAAAUCUAAAAAAGCCCAAUCAGAUACCGAUGAGACAAGCUGAAAUUCCCAAAGUGCACCAACUUCCUGCUAGUUUCGAUUGGCGACCACUUGGAGCUGUCACGGAAGUGAAGGAUCAAGGAGCUUGUGGUAGCUGCUGGGCCUUCAGCGUCACAGGUAACAUUGAAGGCCAGUGGAAGUUGAAAACUGGUAAGUUGCUGUCACUGUCGGAGCAGGAACUGGUGGACUGCGACAAAAUGGAUGACGGGUGCGACGGAGGAUACAUGGACAACGCCUAUAGGGCAAUUGAACAACUGGGUGGUUUAGAAACAGAGGAGGAGUACCCAUACGAAGCCGAGGACGACAAGUGCUCCUUCAAUAAGUCUCUGUCCAAGGUCCAAAUAUCUGGUGCGGUGAACAUAUCCUCGAACGAAACGAAUAUGGCGAAGUGGUUGGUGCACAAUGGCCCUAUAUCGAUUGGUAUAAACGCGAACGCAAUGCAGUUCUAUGUUGGUGGCGUGUCACACCCCUGGAAGGCGCUCUGCAACCCCAAGAACAUUGACCAUGGAGUGCUCAUAGUAGGCUACGGUAUCAAAGAAUAUCCGCUAUUCAACAAGCAGCUGCCGUACUGGGUAGUAAAGAACUCAUGGGGUCCGGGAUGGGGUGAGCAAGGUUACUACCGCGUAUUCCGCGGUGAUGGCACCUGUGGCGUAAAUACCAUGGCUUCUAGCGCUGUCGUAUAAUUAAUAACCCACUAAAUGUCUGAUAAAAUCCUAUCAACUGUGUGGCAAAAACCAAUGAACUGUCUGAUAAAAACCCAUCAAAUGUCUGAUAACAACCCAUCACCUGUCUGAGCGCGACGGCGAUGUAUGCAAUGCUUUCAGCGCCUCGAACUACUGCCAGCGUGCUGCAAUUCAUCGUGAAUCUAAUAACAAAAUUUUGGUAAAUGAACACUAGUAAAUAUCCAGCAAAAUUGAGGAUAAUUGUAUAAAUUAAUAGAACGAUAGUAUAUAAAUAUAUAUAUUGUUGUUAUUCAUCGUAUACGUUAUAUUGGUGAAAUAUUUUUAUUGUUUACAUUUUCAGUUUGUCAGCGGUAGAAUUUUCAGAGUAGACUGUGUUGGGCGUUUUUAAAAGCCCUUUUUAUUCCCACAUUUAUUGAAUGGAUUAUACCAACUCUAUGAUAAACAUAUGUCUAUAUUUCUAUUGCCGCUUAGUAAGUGUUUAAUAACAUAAGGGGCUGAAACAUGAACCCUGAGGCUUUCCUGAUUUAUAUAAAAAUAAAGCUACUUAAAAAUAAACGAUAGUAGCAAACAUUGUUUAUUAUCUUUGUUAUUUUUGGUUCGGCGACUAUAAACAAAUACACAUAUCUUAAAGCAGUGCUUAUACCUUUUCUACAAUAUGAUAUGAAAGCAAUUCUUGAUUAAUUAUAAUCGAAAAUGUAUAGUUAGGCAUUUUAAAACUAGAAAAAAUAUAUGAAGACUAACGCCAUUUUACGAUUUUGUUAAAUAUCUUUAGUAUUGUGUAUUUGUUUCUGUGUAGGAUACAAAUUUUGUAGAUGUUUAUUAUAACAGUACCUACUUACAGAAAAAAAUACUAUUUUAGCUGGUCGUAAUAUUUGUUGCAUGUGCAAUGAACCAAUGCCGUAAAUCCAACCAUUAGUCAUCGCAUAAAAUCUGUUUGAAGUGCCUUUGUUUCAGACUAAUGAGAUUUUAUGAGAUACGACUAAUUGGUGUGUUGCAUAAUGCAACUUUAUCUAUAUUAAAACUGCUUUCAGGUUAAAGAAGUUUAUACAUAGUAAAAUUUUGUAAAAUUUUAUGCAUAUAAUGAACUAGAAAUAAAAUAAUAGGUACCUGCGAAAUUAAAAUUAAGAGACUGUUUUUGUGCCUAUUUUCUCCUUAUGAUUUUAUAUGCUUUGUGGCCUACAGAUCUUUAUGUGAAUCUUAUUAUAAUUAUGUCUUUAAUGCGAAUACGCAUUAGCAAUAUUCUUAAAUUCAUGACAUCAGAUUUAUACUGAGUUAUUAAAUUAUAAAUAAUAAGUUCUAUACAAUAUCUCUCUAUCUUUCUUAAAUGUCUUUAUAUUACAUUUUAUUUCUCGUAUUAUAUUAUCAGCGUGAUAAACGAAAAUAGAUACUUAAAAAAAAUGUUUUUAUUAAAAGUUUAAUAUUUCAUUUAUAAUGGGUUUCAUAAAAGUCUAAGAUGCGUCAUUGUGAGAUAUACACCGUGAAUUUUGAGUUACAAAAGAAACUUAAAAAUCUUGAAAAUAAAAAUAGUGAGAUCAUUUAUAAACAGUCAACAUACUACACCCCCAUACAAAAAUAUUCGUUUACAAAAUAUCGUAAAUCGGCGCUAAUUUGUAAAUAACAUACCCAUUAAGCAAUUAGUAUCCGUUUUAAGUACGUAGAUCUUAAAAGUAAGUAGUAUUAUAAUUUCAGAAUUGAACAAUUAUUAAGUUUACGUGGUGAUAUUUUUCGAAAAAGAUAACAGAUUUUUUGCUGAAAUAUAACCUACAUUAUUCUAAAAGUUUCUCAGGCUACUCAAAAUACACGGUGUAUAGUAAUUUAGUUACUGUAAGAGAUCGGACAUUCGAUGGUGUGUAUUUGUACGAAUGAAGUUAAGUUGUCUAAUCAUUGAAAUUGUGUUAUGUUAUAACGUAUAAUUUCAAAAAUGCUCAUAUUAUUGAUUUUUUGAGCAGUAACAAUCAUCGAAUUUGAAGAGUUUGCGAGUGCGUAAUGUCAUUGUAAUUUUUUUUAUGGAAAGUAGAACAGCAGCGCCAUAAUGGACGUAACGAGAACUAAAAAUCAGUACACAUUUGACAAUGACAUUUCGUACUCGCAAACGUUACGAUGUCGAUAUUUGUUCGUGCUAAGGGUACAAAAUAAGGAUAUUACGUUACUACCUACAGAAGUCCAACGAAGACGACAAAAAUAUAGGAAUGAAAACGAGCAUCAUAUAAAGAAAAAUAUCAUUCUAUUUGUUAGUUUUCAUGUCAUCUCAUGAAAUAAUAUAUCCAGAUCAGAUUAUAGUGACCGAAAGAUAGCGAGGCGACAUUCAUUAACAUGGAGGAAUUUAUUAAAACUUUCUAUAUUUAUCCCUUUUAAGAUACAUUAGGUAAGCAUGCAUCCGAAUAUUCGAUCUCUAAUUAUGAUUAUUAUAUAACAUGUCUCCACUGAAUAUUUUAGCAUUUUCGUGCCAAUCUGUAGCAAUCACUUUAAUUAAAGGAUUAUAUUUAAGUUAAAAUUAAUUAAUUUGUAAGUCUUCGUACGUGUUUAGCCACUUCAAUAUCUCAUUUGAAGUUUUUACUAUCUAUUCAGAUAAAUAUUAUUGUAAACAAUUUUGUUCUUGUGCAUUACUUAUUAGUUGAUUAGAAUUCCAUUGGAAAUAAGUUUCGAUCUAUCUCACGAUUUUCUUAUGAAUUUAUUUACGUAUAGUUAUUUUUUUCCUUUUUAUAUUUUUAUUGAUAUAUUUGUUAUAAAAGCCAUGAUAUUUGACUAGUCUCACGUACCAGAGGCGACCUUAGGAGGCGAGGGGGGGGGGGGGGCAGGUGGAGUUCCUUAUCAUACUACAACUUAAUAGAACUGGAUAUUGGUUGCUGUGUGAGAGCGCGGGAUCCUUGCAAUUCAAACACUACAAGCCAUACGAAAUAAUUAUGGUGAUCGAACUUUGCUAUCAGUGAUAGAUUACUUCUACAGUGAUCCAUACGGGAGAGAAACCUUAUAAAUGUAACGUCUGUGACAAAAGAUUUACUCAAACUGGUACUUUAUUCAGACAUCAAAGAUUCACAAGGAAGAUAAAACUUAUAAAUGUAAUGUCUGUGAUAAAAGAUAUACUUUAAGUAGUUAUUUAUCCGGACAUCAAAGAAUUCACACAGGAGAGAUACUUUAUAAAUGUAACGUCUGUGAAAAAAUAAUAAUACGCGAACUGCUACUUUAUUCAGACAUCAAAGAAUUCACUUGGAAGACGAACCUUAAAUGUAAUGUCUGUGAUAAAAGAUUUGCUGUCUUUAUUUAUCCACAAAUCCAAGAAUUCAUACGUAUGAGAAACCUUAUAAAUGUAACGUCUGUGACAAAAUAUUUACUCAAAAAAGUUUUUUGUCCAAACACAAAAAAGUUGACUCGAAAAAAACACACAGGAGGGAAACCUUAUAAAUGUAAUGUCUGUGACAAAUAAUUUACUCAAACUGGUAUUUUAUUCAAAUAUCAGAGAUUUCACAAGGGACAACAACCUUAUAAAUGUAAUGUUUGUGAUAAAAUAUUUAUUGAAACUGGUCAUUUAUCCACAAAUCAAAGAAUUCACACUGGAGGGAAACCUUAUAAAUGUAACGUCUGUGAUAAAGGAUUUACUUUCAGUAUUUUUAUUUGAAUGGCGCCGUAUUUUUUCAAUUUAAAAAUAGAUUUUUUUUGCAUUACUUGUCAAGCAUCCGUAUUAAAUGAUUUUUUUGCGAGAAUAAGAGUUUGCUAUUUUUCAGAGCCAAAUGAGGAUCGUUACUCGGUCAGCACAUCAACUCAAUAUCAACAGUAAAAUGAUUUAAUAAGCUUUUUAAUUAAUAUACCUUUAAAAUCAUGGAAAUCGGUUCAUUCGUUGCGAUUUUAUAACUAAUUGUCAUAAACAGCCAAUAUUCACAGGCGGCCGAAACGGGUGACAUCACAGAGCUCGUCGAACUUCAGCUCUGUGACGUAACAGCCACCACACGGCCAGCCGAAAAUUCGUUUAGUAAUUUGGUCAUAAUUUUGUCGUAGAACAGGCUCCUCCUCCUUAACUAUAUAAAUCUGGAUUCUCAACUAAAAUCGGAUCCUCAAUGAGGUGGUCAGGUAUGACUUGAAAUUCUGCUAUUAGUACAGUGUUUAAUCGCUUGAAAAUAAAUCACGAAAAAAGUAUUUUCAUAAACUUCAAUAGAAUGGGCAAUAAGCAGAAGCGGUCCAGAGGAAGACAUUUUUUAUCAAAGAUCUGUCGCCCGGAGCCUCGUUUGCCUAAGGCCACCUCUGAACUUAUCUUAUGUUUUCUUAAUGAUUUAUGAAAAUUCUAAAUACAUAAUUAGGACAUAAGGGGAAUAUUAUAUGAUAAGUGAACUUAAAUAACCUUCUUCAACCUUUACAAUAAGAUUAUUGCCUAUAUUAAGUGAUAGAUUUUCACUAAAUAAAUACAUUUUGCAUAAAACUAGA